AUGGCGUACCCGUCUCGCCGUCGCGACGAGCCAUACGCCCAAGACGACUAUUACGGUCGCAACCCGCCAUACUGGGAGGCUGGUGAGGCUCCCGCCGGGCCUCCCCCGCGCCGCAGCAAAUCAGAGCGUCACCGCGACCGACCCAGCCCUGACAGCGGAGGCGCCUCCCGCAGGCGUCGCGACGACGAUGCACCCCGCGGCUCUUCUCACAGGAACGGUGACGGACGUCGCGCUCGGUCGCCGCCGCCGUCAUAUCGCUACGAGGACCCGCGUGGUGGAGACCCGCGCCGCGAUCCCAGAGACGCAAGAGACCCGAGAGAUUCGAGAGACCCCAGAGGAUCAAGAGAUCCCAGAGAAUCGAGAGACCCCAGAGAAUCGAGAGAUCCUAGGGAUGCAAGAGACUCCAGAGAUGCGAGGGGUAUGAGGGACCCGCGCGCCUCCCGCCAUGACCGCGACUACCCGCCCCGCGGCGACCGCUACGACGAUGAUCCCCGCAGCCACCGACGCAGCAGGACGGCAGAGGACCCCAACCGAUACAGAAGGGCCUCGCCAGACCAGAAGAGCAGAGACUACCCGCCACGCGAUGAUCGUGACCGAGACCGAGACAGACGUGGCGGCUACACAAAGACCCGUGGACGAGACCCUUCCCCUUCCCACGGUGGCCGAAUCAAGACCCGCGACUUUGCCGACGGCCCGGAUCGCGAUGGCGACCGCGACCGCCACGGUGGCCAUGGCGCGCGCUCCCACGGCAAGGACAAGCCCACCAGCAAAGACAUUGCCGCCGCCGAACCUCCCCGCGGCCGCGAGAAGCACAUGAGCAGUGGUGCCGGCGGCGGCGGCGGCGCACGCGCCAUCGGCGCCAAGGUUCGCAGCCAGACGAUGCCCGCGGCGCAGACGGCCGCCAAGUGGUGGAAGAACCCGCUCGUGCAGGCCGGGGCCCGCACCGCGCUGUCGGCCGGCGCCACGGCGGCCAUGAACAACCGCGGAGCGCAGGGCGAGUGGCUCGGCGCCAAGGGGGCCAAGGUCGCCACGGCGGCACUGGGCGCUGCGCUCAUGGACGGCUUCAUGGGCGGUGGUGGUGGCGAUCGCUAUAAGAAGAAGGGUGAAGAUGAUGGUGGUCGUGGCGGUGGUGAGCGCGAACGCGGGCGUGCGCGAAGCAGCAGCCGAGACAGGGACAGGGACCGCGAUCGUAGCCGGGAGAAGAGCAGUCGCGGCGGUGGCGGGAGGAGCAGCGGGCGCAGCAAGAGUGAGGGUGGCCGCGGCGGGGAUAUGAAGCACAAGAUUAUGCAGUCGGGUAUGGACUACAUGCUCAAGAAGGCGACUGCGGCGCGAUGA